AUGAGCGCCAUCACCCCGCAGCGGCCCGCAGCUGGACAUCUCCGAGCAGGCUGGCCCAGGAAGCUCAAGACAGCCACCAUGAGAUUCUGGGCCACCCGCCCUUCCUCGUCCACCCUCUCCUUCCUCUUUGUCAUCUUUGCGGUGUCCACUGUUUUCCAUUGCCACCGACGCCUGGCCCUGGUGCCCACCCCUUGGGCCUAUGCAGGUCGAGUGGUCUUGUUCCCCAGACACCUGCGUGGGGGCCUGUUCACCAUCAAUGCCAUAGGCCGCCUGGGGAACCAGAUGGGGGAGUACGCCACCCUGUACGCCCUGGCCAAGAUGAACGGGCGCGCUGCCUUCAUCCCGCCCCAGAUGCACAGCACGCUGGCCCCCAUCUUCCGAAUCACACUCCCGGUCCUGCAUGACGCCACAGCCAGGAGCAUCCCCUGGGAGAACUAUUAUCUGAGGGACUGGAUGGAGGAGCAGUACCGCCACAUCCCUGGGGAGUACGUGCGCCUCACCGGCUACCCCUGCUCCUGGACCUUCUACCACCACCUCCGCGCCGAGAUCCUCCAGGAGUUCACCCUGCAUGCCCACGUGCGUGAGGAGGCCCAGAACUUCCUGCGGGGUCUGCGGGUGAAUGGCAGCCGGCCGAGCACUUAUGUGGGGGUCCAUGUGCGCAGAGGGGACUACGUCCACGUUAUGCCCAACGUGUGGAAGGGCGUGGUGGCCGACCGGGGCUACCUGCAGCAGGCCCUGGACUGGUUCCGCGCUCGCCACCGCAGCCCGCUCUUCGUGAUCACCAGCGACGACAUGGCCUGGUGCCGGAGGAACAUCAACAGCUCCCACCAGGACGUGGUGUUUGCAGGCAACGGCCGGCAGGGCUCACCAGCCAGGGACUUUGCGCUCCUCACGCAGUGUAACCAUACCGUCAUCACCGUGGGCACCUUCGGCAUCUGGGCCGCCUACCUCACCGGGGGCAACACCGUCUACCUGGCCAACUUCACCCUGCCCGGCUCCCGAUUCCGCAUGGUCUUUAAGCCCCAGGCGGCCUUCCUGCCCGAGUGGGUGGGCAUCGCAGCCAACCUGGGGCAGGCCAGAGGGAGCCACCCCUAG